UGUUCGAGGAAUUUUUCUCUUCUUCUUUUUUGUGUGUUUUGUGUUAAAUUUCCACCUGUGGCAGGAUUGAAGACAUCACCAGCUCACUGUAAGGAAUUAAACGAAAGCUGUGGUCGAUCAAUCUCUGCAACUUGGUUUGAAGUCCGAUUGAAGUUUGGGAGAAAGUGGAGCAUUAAUUAAGCAAAACGAGGAUCGACACGCGAGUCCUUUCCCCCCCAAGCCAUGAUCACUGGUACCGUGCGCUCCUCGCGGUGUGCGUAAGCUGCUGUGGAGAAUCUUCACAUUAUGAGACGCCAUGGCAUGGUGUGACCGAGGGGUUCAGACUUUGCUGGCUAUUGUGGGGGCCUUCGCCGCCUUUAGCCUCAUGACCAUCGCCAUCGGCACCGACUACUGGCUUUAUUCCCGAGCCUAUAUUUGCAAUGCAACUAAUGCCACAACCGACGAAACCCAGAUGCAAACCAAGAAAGUCAAAGGGGACCUGACGCACUCCGGGCUGUGGAGGAUUUGCUGCAUCGAAGGUAUCAACAAAGGAAGCUGUUUUCGGAUCAAUCAUUUUCCAGAGGAUAACGACUACGAUACAGACAGCUCAGAGUACAUCUUACGUAUAGUUCGUGCAUCAAGCCUGUUUCCAAUUCUCAGCACCAUCCUUCUGAUGUUGGGUGGCCUGUGUGUUGGAAUUGGACGCAUCUACAGCAGCAAGAACAACAUCCUGCUCAGUGCAGGCAUCCUGUUUGUAGCUGCAGGCCUGAGCAACAUCAUUGGCAUCAUCGUCUACAUCUCCAGCAAUGCCGGCGACCCGAGCGACAAGAAAGAUGAGGACAAGAAGAACCAGUACAGCUAUGGUUGGUCUUUCUACUUCGGUGCCCUCUCCUUCAUUGUAGCAGAGUCAGUGGGCGUUCUUGCAGUCAACAUUUAUAUUGAGAAAAACAAAGAGACGCGCUUCCGAUCCAAACGUGACUUCAUCAAAACCACCUCAUCCUCUUCGCCGUACUCUCGCAUACCAAGUUACCGCUACAGGCGGAGGCGAUCGCGUUCCAGUUCCAGGUCAAGUGACCCAUCUCGUGAGCCCUCCCCAGUGGGAAUGAAGAUUGGCGGAGGAAUUGGAGGGGGACCAGGGCUGGGGCUGAAUUUGCCAGUAGGCGGUAUAUCCCUUUAUUCCCUGAGCAGGGACCCUUUGAAGGGUGGAAGUGGUACUGCAGGGCCCUACAGCCCAGAGCGGGACUCCAGGUUUUUACAAGUCCACAACUGCUUCCAGAAAGAUGUGAAGGAUGGAGGAAACAGGAGAACCACUCCAGUAUGAGGUCAGGAGUGUAUCCAACAUUAAACUUGAUGGUACACAUUAGAUGUUUACAGUUGAUGAGAAAGGGUAUUUUCUCCCCAGGACUGUUUUUGGCAGCAGCAGCAAUGAAAGGUCCAAGUUUAGAGUUGCUUUUCUCACAUCCCUCUUUGACAGAAAAACACCAGUAUUUCAUUUGGUGAGAGAGAAAAAUGACUUUUAAUGAUUGUGGUUGCCACAAUUUUGUAGCAAUAGUUGAAGAGUUUGGUUUUUGAAAAAUAUAAUGCUUAAAAUCUGGAAGGAAUAUUCUGCUCUUACAGAAAGAAAUGUGCCCGUCCUAGUAUUCUGUAAAGGUAGUCAUUUAUGACAACGCCUUGAACCUUUAGUCAUGUUUUUCUUCUAGGAACUCAGAAAAGGAAUUCCUUUGAUGAAGAUGAAAAUAACCCACCAAACUUGUUUGCUAAAGUGAUCUAUGUAACCGUUUGCUAUCCGAAUAUAAUCGUAUUGUAUUUGUUUGUACCUUAACACAAAUGGUGCUAACUCAAUCUGUACA